CUCUGAUCAAGAGUAACAUGGCCAGCAAACUCCUGGAGGAGAAGGACCUGCCUGAGAAUUACAAGAGGAAGUAUCAACCCAGAGUCAGGUUGAACCCCAGAUUGGCAUCAAACAUAAACGUGCCAAUGACUUACGACCCACUGUUGACGUAUUACGGAGUCAUUUCCAUUGGUACCCCCCAUCAGUCUUUCAAGGUGCUCUUUGACACGGGGUCAUCUGACUUGUGGGUGCCCUCCAUCAACUGCGGCAGUCCAGCCUGCAAUGCUCAUGCCAAGUUCAACUCCUCCGCAUCCUCCACCUUCAAGUCCAACAGCCAGACUAUCUCCAUCCAAUAUUACACUGGCAGCAUGACAGGGGUGGAAGGAUAUGACACCAUACAGCUUGGUGACCUGUAUGUGGAGAAACAGGUGUUUGGCCUGAGUACAUACGAGGAUUCCUUCCUUGAGUAUGUGCCGUGGGACGGGAUCAUGGGCUUGGCCUACCCACAACAAGCAGUCGAGACAGGCAGAACCUUCCUCGCCAAUAUGUUUGACCAGGGCAAGAACCCUCAGAACAUGUUCUCAAUCUACCUGAGCAACUCAGAGGAAGGCAGUAUGAUCAUCUUUGGAGGAAUAGACCCCAUCUACUUCACCGGAGGCAUCCAAUGGAUCCCUGUCCUUCAAACCACUGGCUACUGGCAGAUUGCUGUUACCAGCAUCACCGUCAAUGGGAAUACGGUGGCGUGUUCAGGGGGCUGCCAGGCUGUGGUAGACUCGGGCACAGCCCUCAUUGUUGGGCCAGCCAAAGACGUCGGCAACUUGAACGGCUGGGUUGGCGCCUACACAGACCAGGAUGGCAAUGUCAUUGUGAGCUGUGAGAACAUUGACGUCAUGCCUGACAUCGUCUUCAACAUCAACGGCUACAGCUUCUCCCUCCCUCCAUCUGCCUACGUUUACACUAAUGGCGACAGCUGCACCACUGGGUUGGAGAUGGCCCCGGGAACAUGGACUCUGGGAGAAGUCUUUAUGAGACAGUUCUACACCGUCUUUGACAUAAGCAACAACGUGGUGGGCUUUGCCCCAGCCGUAUGAGUCAGCCACCCAGAGACCCCACCCAGUCACCUUUACUGUUAAUCGUUACUGUUUACAUCUGACAGGAAGAAUCGGAGGAAGGCUGGUCUAAAAUCAAUCUGUAAAUCAAUACAUUUGUGCUUUUGACGCUUAUAAAAAUGAAUGUUUACGUUAACUAGAUGUGUUCCUCUCGAGUAACUCCAGAGGUAUGGCAAUGGUGGUCGAAUUUGUUGAAUUUAUGGUGCACCAUUGGUUCUGCUGGGCAUGGACCCACUUUUUGUUUGUGUGUGUGUAACUUUCUGCUGCAGUGGUAGCCUGUGUUCAGAAUGUUCUCCACUAGGUGUCAGUAAUACGAGGGUCAUGUGACUGGGUGGGGGCUGUGUAUGAGUCACCUCUUUAGAUUCAGUCAACAGACAGACACCUGCCAAUCAUUUUUCAUCAGUGGGCACGCACCACCUUUCAUGCCAUCUGGGUACAGUCAGCGGAUAUGGAAUCAGGUCAUUCUUGAAUUCCCCCGCUUGGUAAAUUCUAAUUAUGAACUGCUCUUGCAUGGUGUACAUGAUAUAUCUUUAAAU